GUACAAGAAUUGUAAAACGAACUGAUUUUUUCUACAACUGACGCGUCAAACGAAACAAAGAACGAUGAUACGACAUACCUGGAAUGUAUUCAGCGCGAUACCCUGAUGGAGAUUGAUCGGCCCUAGACCCAAGACACGCCCUAAAGAUGUUCGUGAGGAAGGGCACGACCUUGAGGAAAAAGCACCAGUCGAUCAGACGACCGAGGCGGCCAUCUUUGCAGCAUGACCCGGAAGUGGGGGAGACGUCACCGGUCAACGUGCCGACCCAGCCCCCGGCUCCGUCCAAUGCGUCCAGCGCGUCCUCGACCUUGACCCUGAACGAGGAGAAGACUCUGGUCCACCACUCCACCGUGUUCCUCACCAACGAGAACUACCAGCACGUCAACUAUGGCUCCAUUCUCUUCCAGCUUAAGGAGGCUCACGGCGAGUCGACCAACCUGUACGACUUCAUCCAGAGAAUAUGGGAGAUCAUCUGGCAGUCACUUGUGUUGACAGUCUUCCUGUUGCUGCUAUUUGGCCUGCCCAUCUCCAUGUUGGCUAUGGGCACGUCGUACCUCGAGGAGUGUCCCAAAGAGCCGAAGAUUCCCAUCUACCUUCUGGUGGGCGGCGCCUUCGGCUUCAUCUUCAUCUGCAUCGUCCUGUGGCAGCAGAAGCGAGCACGUGACUACAUGCUGCUGGACGACAGCAAGGACGAUGCUGACGUCGACGACGAUGACGUCAUGACCCGGAGCUACCGGUUCACCGGGUACAUCCUCUCCCUCUUCCUCCUCAUCUGGUUCGCGCUGGGUAACUACUGGCUGUUCGGGAUCUGGCAGCCCAACUACACCCAGCCCCUACACGAGCCCAGGAACUGGUGCUCCAAGCAGCUCUACACCUACGCGUUCUACCAGCUGGUCACGUGUUAUUCGCUGUUCGGCGUCAGCGUCAUUGGGUUCCUCGGCUGUCUCGUGGCUUACACGUGUGGGCGCAUGCGCAAGUGAAGCGCCGUGGUGACGUUAAAAAAAAACAUUCAACGGGUUAGUGAAAGAAACGGCUAAAAUAAAACAGUAGCAUGACUUUAAAAUAGACUUUAAAUCGCUCAUUAGGACACUACAAGCUUGGAUUCCAGAGCCUAAGCAGAUGUUUGAGUGGAUGAUUCAAGC